AUAAUGCUGAGAAAAAAAUGCUUCGACACAGCAAGUUUCUGAAAUGCUCAAGUGUGACAGAGUUGGAACGUUUAUGUGCCUCCCUGAUCAAGACCAACGCAAACCAAGACUCUUUCUUGAUGAACCAAUUUAUCUCGGCUUGUUCCACCUUUUCCCGUAUCGAUUAUGCAGUUUUAGCCUUUACCCAAAUGGAAAAUCCUAAUGUUUUUGUCUAUAAUGCAAGGAUUAGAUGCUUUGUUCAUUGUGGUUACCCGAUUGAAGCUUUGGAAACGUAUGUAGAUAUGUUGAAGGUUAAGGUUUUCCCUACGAGUUAUACUUUUUCUUCGGUAAUUAAGGCUUGCACGUCGCUAUCUUCAUUGGGGUUUGGAGAAGCUGUUCAUGGCCACAUUUGGAAAUAUGGGCUCGAUUCGCAUGUGUUUGUGCAGACUGCUCUGAUUAAUUUCUAUUCGAACUUGUGCAGAAUCGGUGAGUCCAGAAGGGUGUUCGAUGAAAUGCCUGAAAGAGAUGCAUUUGCUAUGACUACGAUGAUUUCUGCUCACGUCCGGGUGGGUGAUAUGAGUUGUGCAAGGAUAUUAUUUGAAGAGAUGCCUGAAAGGAACAUAGCCACUUGGAACACAAUGCUUGACGGGUAUUCAAGACUAGGGAAUGUGGAGUCUGCAGAACUGUUGUUCACUCAGAUGCCUACUAGGGAUAUAAUUUCAUGGACAACCAUGAUCACUUGCUACUCACAGAACAAGAAAUUUAGAGAGGCGCUGGCAGUGUUUCAGGAGAUGACGAUGAAUGGGAUCAAUCCUGAUGAAGUGACAAUGACAACUGUAAUUUCGGCUUGUGCCCAUCUUGGAGCUCUUGACUUGGGAAAAGAGAUACAUAUUUUUGUCAUGCAGAAUGGGUUUGAUCUUGAUGUUUAUAUUGGGUCUGCAUUGGUUGAUAUGUAUGCAAAGUGUGGGUCAUUAGAUACAUCUCUUUUGGUAUUCUUCAAAUUGCAGAAUAAAAACCUGUUCUGUUGGAAUUCUAUAAUUGAAGGACUUGCAGUUCAUGGGUAUGCUGACGAAGCGCUAAUGAUGUUUAGCAAGAUGGAUGAGGAGAAAAUCAAGCCAAAUGGGGUUACCUUUAUAAGUGUUUUAAGUGCCUGCACUCAUGCAGGACUUGUGGAAGAAGGUCGUAGAAGGUUUACAAGCAUGACCAGUAAAUAUUCCAUUAGUCCCGAAGUUGAACACUAUGGAUGCAUGGUUGAUCUACUGAGCAAAGCUGGUUUGCUUGAAGAUGCACUAGAGUUGAUAAGAAACAUGAAACUCAAACCCAACUCUGUAAUUUGGGGGGCCUUGUUAGGUGGAUGCAAGAUUUAUAGGAACGUGGAGAUUGCCCGAGUUGCUGUUAAUGAAUUGAUUGAAUUGGAGCCAAACAACAGUGGGUAUUACAACCUUUUUGUUAACAUGUAUGCCGAGGUGAAUCGAUGGGGAGAGGUUGCAAAGAUACGGGCUACUAUGAAAGAACUUGGAGUAGAGAAGAAAUGUCCUGGGUCCAGUUGGAUUGAAAUGGGACGGACAGUUCAUCAGUUUGCAGCUUCUGACAAGGCUCACCGAGCUUCCGGUGAAAUUUACUUGUUGCUGGCUGAAUUAGAUGGGCAGCUGAAGCUUGCUGGGUACAUACCAGAAAUUCGAUCUUUUUAAAGCAGCCUGCUCUUCACAUUAGAAAAUGAAUUGGAGAAUUAUAAGGUAGUGCAGUUAAAACAUUUAAUGGCACUGAAAGACAGUUAAAGGCAGCUGAAUGGCGUUGGGGAAGAAGACCAUGUAGAGCAGCAGAGCCAGACUAGACAUAAGCGCAGCUCUCAUUGAACCAACUGGCUCAAGGAAUCUAGUAAGGCAAGGACAUAUUCUUCACAUCAAAGACAUUAUCAUCAUUAUUGCCUCAGAAGCUGAAAACACGGAGUUUGAGUACCUGAAAAUUUGGAAUGCUAUCUGCCAAUCUUUUAUGGAAUGGAGGAUCCUUACAUGGGUCAACCUCAUGAUUUUUCUUUCAUGUACCUUUUUAGCGGGGUAAAAGGAAGUUCUUGCUUGAGUUGAUGCAACUGGAGGAUAAUUAUGUUAUUUUCAACUGCUAGCGACCAACUUGUCGAAUUUUACACUUGUUGAGAGUAGUGACUUUUUUAUGGGUCUGGAGAGUGCUGGACCUCUAUUCUUUUCUUCUUCUUUUUUUUUUUCUUUUUCUUUUCUUUUAUUUUUCAAAACCUCUCGAUGAAAACGUGCAGGGCAUUUUAUUUGGUUCUUGUAGAAAGUUAUCAUCAUUAAGUCAAUCCCUUGAUUUUUCAAGCUUGAUAUUAUUAUGUGUAUAGUUUUGGCUAUUU